GAGUUGUUUCACCUAAGAUAAUGACCUCCAGUUCCAUCCAUGUUGCUGUAAAAGACAUGGUUCAUUCUUUUUUUAAACCAGAAACUAAAGCCACCUGGGAACAGUAUCAAGAAGAAAGCCUGUGAAGCCUUCUAAGAUGGGAAAGAUAAAAGAAAGCUGACAGGACUGUGCUUGCUAAGGAAAGAACAGAAAAGUAAAAGGAGGAAAGAAAACAAGAGGUGAGUGAGGCAACUGAAAACUGUUCUUGGACCUGCAGUGCUGUAGAGCAGGCUCUUCUAGGUUGGUAGUUGCCAUGGAAUCUGGACCCAAAAUGUUGGCCCCCAUUUGCCUGGUGGAAAACAACCAUGAGAAGCUGUUGGUGAACCAGCAAGCUAUACAGAUUCUUGAAAAGAUUUCUCAGCCAGUGGUGGUGGUGGCCAUUGUAGGACUCUACCGUACAGGGAAAUCCUACUUGAUGAACCAUCUGGCAGGACAGAAUCAUGGCUUCCCUCUGGGCUCCACGGUGCAGUCUGAAACCAAGGGCAUCUGGAUGUGGUGCGUGCCCCACCCCUCCAAGCCAAACCACACCCUGGUCCUUCUGGACACCGAAGGUCUGGGCGAUGUGGAAAAGGGUGACCCUAAGAAUGACUCCUGGAUCUUUGCCCUGGCUGUGCUCCUGUGCAGCACCUUUAUCUACAACAGCAUGAGCACCAUCAACCACCAGGCCCUGGAGCAGCUGCAUUAUGUGACGGAGCUCACAGAACUAAUUAAGGCAAAGUCCACCCCAAGGCCUGAUGGAGUAGAAGAUUCCACAGAGUUUGUGAGUUUCUUUCCAGACUUUAUUUGGACAGUACGGGAUUUCACUCUGGAGCUGAAGUUGAACGGUCACCCUAUCACAGAAGAUGAAUACCUGGAGAAUGCCUUGAAGCUGAUUCAAGGCAAGAAUCCCAGAGUUCAAACAUCCAAUUUGCCAAGGGAGUGCAUCAGGCGUUUCUUUCCAAAACGGAAGUGUUUUGUCUUUGACCGGCCAACAAAUGACAAAGACCUUCUAGCUAAUAUUGAGAAGGUGUCAGAAAAGCAACUGGAUCCCAAAUUCCAGGAACAAACAAAUAUUUUCUCUUCUUACAUCUUGACGCAUGCAAGAACCAAGACCCUCAGGGAGGGAAUCACAGUCACUGGGAAUCGUCUGGGAACUCUGGCAGUGACUUAUGUAGAGGCCAUCAACAGUGGAGCAGUGCCUUGUCUGGAGAAUGCAGUGAUAACUCUGGCCCAGCGUGAGAACACAGCAGCCAUGCAGAGGGCAGCUGACUACUACAGCCAGCAGAUGGCCCAGCGAGUGAAGCUCCCCACAGACACGCUCCAGGAGCUGCUGGACGUGCAUGCGGCCUGUGAGAGGGAAGCCAUUGCAAUCUUCAUGGAGCACUCCUUCAAGGAUGAAAAUCAGGAAUUCCAGAAGAAGCUCAUGGAAACCACAAGGAAUAAGAAGGGGGAUUUCUUGCUGCAGAAUGAAGAGUCAUCUGUUCAAUACUGCCAGGCUAAACUCAAUGAGCUCUCAAAGGGGCUAAUGGAAAGUAUCUCAGCAGGAAGUUUCUCUGUUCCUGGAGGGCACAAGCUCUACACGGAAACAAAGGAAAGGAUUGAACAGGACUAUUGGCAAGUGCCCAGGAAAGGAGUAAAGGCAAAAGAGGUCUUCCAGAGGUUCCUGGAGUCACAGGUGGUGAUAGAGAAAUCCAUCUUGCAGUCAGAUAAAGCCCUCACUGAUAGAGAGAAGGCAAUGGCAGUGGAUCGGGCCAAGAAGCAGGCAGCUGAGAAGGAACAGGAACUUUUAAAACAGAAAUUACAGGAGCAGCAGCAACAGAUGGAGGCUCAAGAUAAGAGUCUCAAGGAAAACAUAGCCCAAUUGAAGGAGAAGCUGCAGAUGGAGAGAGAACACCUACUAAGAGAGCAGAUUAUGAUGUUGGAGCACACGCAGAAGGUCCAAAAUGAUUGGCUUCAUGAAGGAUUUAAGAAGAAAUCUGAGGAGAUGAAUGCAGAGAUAAGUCACUUUAAACGUAUGAUUGAUACUACAAAAAAUGAUGAUACUCCCUGGAUUGCACGAACCUUGGACACACUUGCCGACGAGCUAACUGCAGUAUUGUCUGCCCCUGCUAAAUUAAUUGGUCAUGGUGUCAAAGGUGUGAGCUCACUCUUUAAAAAGCAUAAGCUCCCCUUUUAAGGAUAUUAUAGAUUGUACAUAUAUGCUUUGGACUAUUUUUGAUCUGUAUGUUUUUCAUUUUCAUUCAGCAAGUUUUUUUUUUUUUUUCAGACAGAGUCUUACUCUGUCGCCUAGGCUAGAGUACAGUGGUGCAAUCUCAGCUCACUGCAACCUCUGCCUCCUGGGUUCAAGAGAUUCACCUGCCUUAGCCCCCUAGUAGCUGGGAUUAUAGGUGCACACCACCACACCCAGCUAAUUUUUGUAUUUUUAGUAGAGACGGGGUUUCAUCAUGUUGGCCAGGCUGGUCUCGAACUCUUGACCUCAAAUGAUCCACCCGCCUCAGCCUCCCAAAGUGCUGGGAUUACAGGCAUAAGCCACCACCCCCAGCCCUCAUUUAGCAAAGUUUUAAACAUAAAAAGUGCUUAUUAGAGGAUAUCAGUGCCUGGCCCAUGUGAGAUAGAACAGAUCCAUACACACUUUGAAAAAUCUUGUUCACUUUUAGGAAAUAGAAUUUUGAAAAAUCAUUUACAUACAAGAGGUCCACUGAGGCAUUGCUUUUAAUGGCAAAAUAUUGGAAUGUACUUGAAUGUCCUUCACAUUAGAUUGGUAAGAUAAAUUUUAGUAUGUGCGUGUACUGGAAUAUUAUAUAGCCAGUAAACAAAUUGAAAAUGAAGCUCUAUUUGUACCAGUAAAGAAUGGUCGGCCGGGCGCGGUGGCUCACGCUUGUAAUCCCAGCACUUUGGGAGGCCAAGGCGGGCGGAUCACGAGGUCAGGAGAUCAAGACCACGGUGAGACCCCGUCUCUGCUGAAAAUAAAAAAAAUUAGCCGGGCGUGGUGGCGGGCGCCUGUAGUCCCAGCUACUCGGAGAGGCUGAGGCAGGAGAAUGGCGUGAACCCAGGAGGCGGAGCUUGCAGUGAGCCGAGAUCGCGCCACUGCACUCCAGCCUGGGUGACAGAGUGAGACUCCGUCUCAAAAAAAAAAAAAAAAAAAAGAAUGGUCUUGAAGAGAUAUUAUAAAAUGAAAAAAAGAAAAGUUGUAAAGCAUUGUAGAUUAUCUUAUCACCAAGGAAAAAAUGCAAUUAUUAUAUGCAAGCAUGCAAAUAUAUCUCUGGAAAGAUUAAUCAAAAUCUAUUAUUAUUGGCUCCUUCUGGGAAGAACCAGGUGAAAGUAGGGGUUGAAGGAACACAUACUCUUCACUGGAUACUCUUGAAUUUUGUAAAGAAAUCUUAUUUUACCGAUUCAGAAAUAAAUAAGAAAAUGUAAGAGACAAUGCUAAUAAUGAUAACAAUAAAAAAAAUAGUGAAAUUGGC